AUGGUCGAUUUAAUUGAUAUUGAGGAUAUUGAAGCCGCUGAGAUGUUGGAAUUACCACGCCGACACAACAGAAGUCGUGUUCGAGUCAAUCCCAUCAUGGAAUUAUCCGAUGAAGGUUUCAGGCAAAAGUAUAGGUUUAAACGUUAUGCAAUGAAAAUAGUGGACUUAGUAAAAGAAGAUUUAACUAGAGAUGGUCGAGGAUGCCCUGUGUCUCCCGAAAUACAAGUGUGUUGCGCAUUACGAAGCUGGGCUCGACAUGAAAGCGGGAUUCCAAAAUUAAAGAGACUGCCAGCUGCAUCGGAAGUUGCCUCUAUAGAUGUUGUACCAAGAAUCACAACAGUAUAUUCUACACACAUUUGGGCUUCUUAUAUGCAAGUUGAAAAACUACCUAGUAUUCGUGGCUUAUUUGAUAGGGUUGCUAAAGUACCGUUUUACCAAGUUUCGGAGAAUUUUUGUUUGCCAUUCAUAGACGAGAAUCCAUCGGACUUGAAAACAAUUUAUACAGCAUUGCAUUAUGCUGCACAACACUGCAAAGAAACUGAACGCAAAACCUGCUUUGUAACCUUUGAUAAUCCUCUGUACAUUAAAGCCAAACAAAUACUCUGCGACACCAAGGAUAAAAAUUUACAAAAUUUAGUUCCUUGCUUAGGAGGUUUCCAUUUGCUCAUGUCCUAUUUAAAAGCUAUUGGAACAAUAAUGGAAAGUUCUGAUAUCUUUGAACUGUUUUGCACAGUAUUUGCCCAAAAUUCGGUAGAUAAGAUGUUGUCGUGUACAGCUUACUCUAGGGCGAUUCGUGCUCAUAUGCUGGCAAUGAAUGCAAUAGAGGAAAUAAUUGCAGAGUUCGCAGAAAGUUCUGAAAACAUAGAAAGUCAUAAAAAUAUUGAGCACAUCAAAGAAUCUCGACCACUGGAAGCUCCUCCA